AUGCGCCCCACGUUUCUCCUCCCCCCCCUCCUCGCCCUCCUCCCCCUCGCACAAACCUACACCCCCCUCUCCACCAGCCUCCUCAAAUCCCUCCCGGCCCCCGCCGACAGCGACUACGACCCGGAAACCGGCACCCUCCUCUCCCCGCUGCUCAUCCCCCGCGUCCCCGGCACGCCCGGCCAAGAAGCCGCGCAGGCCCACCUCGUCUCCUUCUUCCGCACCCACCUGCCGCAGUGGGAGGUGUCCUGGCAGAACUCCACCGACACCACGCCCGCUACCGGCGACCGCCGCCUGCCGUUCGCGAAUAUCGUGCUACGCCGCGAGCCGCCGUGGACGAAGGGGCGGCCGGGGGCGGCCGGGUUUUUGACGCUGGUCGCGCAUUAUGAUAGCAAGAUCGAGCCGGAGGGGUUUGUGGGCGCGACGGAUAGUGCGGCGCCCUGUGCGGUUUUGAUGGAUGUGGCGAGGCAGGUGGAGGGGUUUUUGGGGAGGAUGUGGGCGGCGGAUGGGGAGGGGAAGGGCGGUGGUGGGGAGGGCGUGCAGAUUUUGUUGUUGGAUGGGGAGGAGGCGUUUGUGAGGUGGACGGAGACGGAUAGUUUGUACGGGUCGAGGGCGCUCGCGGAGGAGUGGGAGAACACCACGCACCCCGCCCGGUCGACUUUCAAGAACCCGCUUCAGCAGAUCAGCCUAUUUGUGCUGCUCGACUUGCUGGGAGCCCCCAACCCGGAGGUGCCGUCGUAUUUCCAGGGCACGCACUGGGCGUACAAACGGAUGGCUGCCGUCGAGGGCCGGCUGCGGCAGCUCGGCCUGCUGGAGAGCAAACCCACCGGCAACCAGUUUCUGCACGACAGCGGGAAGAUGGCCACGCAGUUCAGCGGGGGCGGCUUCGUGGGCGACGACCAUGUGCCGUUCAUGAUGAGGGGCGCGCCCGUGCUGCAUCUGAUCCCCUCGCCGUUCCCGCAUGUGUGGCAUACUAUGGAGGACGACGGGGACCACUUGGAUGUCCCGACUAUUAAGGAUUGGGCGAGGAUUGUUACCGCGUUUACGCUAGAAUGGAUGGAUCGCAAUUCUCUUCACAACAUAGUCACCGCUGGUAGUGUUCUCUUCGGCCUCCCUCACUCAACCUCCCUCCGACCGCCACCCAUCGCCCGCUUCGCUGUCGUCGGCGGCCUCCACCCAGCAACCCGCCCGCCCCUGCAACCCACGAGCGCUCGGCUCGCUAUCGGAGACAUGGACGGCAAAAGACAUGCUGCGUCCUUCCAACAGUUGGAGAAACUUGGCGAGGGAACAUAUGCCACAGUCUUCAAAGGCCGUAACCGCCAGACAGGCGAGUUGGUAGCUCUGAAGGAGAUCCACCUCGACUCGGAGGAGGGCACACCCAGCACUGCGAUCCGCGAGAUCUCACUUAUGAAGGAGCUCAAGCACGAAAACAUUGUUGCCCUCCACGAUGUCAUCCACACAGAGAACAAGCUGAUGCUCGUCUUCGAGUACAUGGACGGCGAUCUUAAGAAGUACAUGGACACCCAGGGCGAGAGGGGUGCCCUGAAGCCCCCAGUCAUCAAGUCGUUCAUGUACCAGCUGCUGAAGGGCAUUGACUUCUGCCACAAGAACCGGGUCCUUCACCGUGACCUGAAGCCCCAGAAUCUCCUGAUCAACGGCAAGGGGCAGCUCAAGUUGGGUGAUUUUGGUCUCGCUAGAGCGUUUGGCAUCCCAGUCAACACCUUCUCGAACGAGGUCGUGACGCUCUGGUACCGCGCCCCCGACGUUCUGCUUGGCAGCCGCACCUAUAACACCAGCAUCGAUAUCUGGUCGGCUGGCUGUAUCAUGGCCGAAAUGUUUUCGGGCAGACCCUUGUUCCCAGGCACCACCAACGAAGACCAGAUCAUUCGCAUCUUCCGCAUCAUGGGCACGCCGACGGAGCGCACUUGGCCGGGCCUUUCGCAAUUCCCUGAAUACAAGACGACCUGGCAGAUGUACGCCACACAGCCACUCAACAGCAUCCUGCCCCAAAUCGACCCUGUCGGCAUCGAUCUUCUCCAGCGCAUGCUGCACGUCCGACCCGAGUUGCGCGUCUCGGCCGCCGAGGCACUAGUUCACCCAUGGUUCAACGACCUGAUAGGACCCAAGCAGCAUCAGCAGCACCUCCACACACAGCAGAUGAUGCACCCGCAUGGAGGUUACCAGCAGACCGUACCGAGCCAGAGCAACUACGGCGGCUACUAG